GGGCUGGGAGCGGGGCGCUGAGAAGAAGCGGCCCCCGGGUGGGCUCCGCGGGGAGGCACCGCCGCCAUUUCCCCAGUCCCCCCCCCCCCGCGGGGGUCCCGCUGCCGCCGCCCGCUGCGGCACCGGCUCGCCCGGCCACAGCCGCGGUGCUCCGGGGCGUCGCCGCUGCCCGGUACCGGCGGCAUCGGGCUCGGCCUUCCCCUCAGCUCCCGGCCCGCGAUGGGGGCCGCCGACUGGUGCAGGAGCUCGGCGGGCGCUGCCCUCGUCCUGGCCACCUCCAGCGACCCGGAGCACCCCGCCGAGAACAUGGCGGACGGAAGUUCUGAAACAUUCUGGACGACGACAGGAAUGUUCCCGCAGGAAUUCAUUAUUGGUUUUCCUAAAUGUGUAAAAAUCAGCAAAGUCACAAUCCAGUGUUAUUUGGUGCGGACCUUGAGAAUUGAAAGAAGCAUAUCUAAAGACCCAGUAGAUUUUGAACAGUGCAUUGAAAAAGAUUUGCAACACACAGAAGGACAGCUUCAAAUGGAAGAAUUUCCACUUCCUGAUUUCCCAGCCACUUACUUGCGGUUCAUCAUCAAGUCUGCCUUUGAUCAUUUUGUAUCAGUGCACAGGGUGAUGGCAGAGGGCACAGCAGAAAAUACUUAAGUCCAGCUUAAGAAAAUGCAGAAAUCCAUUGAAAGCAUGAACACCUGUGGUGCAUGACUGAGAAGUCUGCAGCUUCCUCUCGGCUCAGCUAGAGCGGACACCUCUGAAAAAAGUCAGGACAUGUCCAGUUGGUUCGUUAACAGAAUUAAGAAUCUGUGCUUAGAUGUCCUUAAUUAUAGUAACAGCUUUCUAGCUUUAUAAUCUGGAGUGUUAUCGAGAAUACUUGAACAUAGCUAAGUCCGUUUAAAUCAUUGUGUUUAGGUCAGGCUUUCUUAAUAUAUGAAUUAAAACCCAGUUUCCUGUGAGAUGUUUCCCUUGCACCCUGAGUUGAAUAGAAAAAAAUGUCAAAUACUUAAAUGGGAGGCAUUACUUCUUACUCUCAAAGAAGUUCUUCAAAAGUUAUAAAAUUGGAAACCUCAUUAACUCAAAAGAAACUGUGCAAGAAUAAUAGGAUGUAUAUAAACUUCUACUAAUACUUAUAAAUAACCGGUGGGGAAAAAGAAGCUGGAGUCGUACGAUGCUCUGAUGGUGUUUUAAUAAUUGCAGAUCGAUCCUUUGUUUCUAUAAAUAUUUUCUAAAAUCAGGUCACAGCUGUCUGUGCUUUAAGCUAUGACUGUCAUAACAAAUAUUAAUAGAAACAAAUGUUAAUAGAGAUUGUCUUAUUCAGAAGCCUUCUGAAGUCUGUGGAAGUGAACAUUUAAGAAAAUCAGAUGUGUACAAGAGAAACUUAUUAAUGUGAAAUUGGUUGUUUUGCAUGCCAGUUGACUUUCACAAAUGUCACCACCCCUGAGGUUUAUCCUGCAUGAUAUUUCUUAGGAAUGUAAAUGUCGAUAUCCAGUCCUAAUAGCUCAGCUACUGUUCGUUACUGCUUGUGGUAUAAGUGCAGUAAGACACUAGAACGCGAUAGACGAGGUCGUACCAAUGAGACUUGAAAACCUCCAGACAACUAGAUGAUGAACCACACUGUAAAUGCUCUUUAGAUGCACACUCUCUCUCUAGGUGUUCUGUUAUUUUUAAAUUGUCUUUUUUUUUAAUUUUAACAGUUAUGUCCAUGAAAACUUAUUCACUGAGCUUUGUUACCCAGCUAGUCUUUACUCUGAAGUCCUCUUCUUUCUUUUUCUAUUUCAGUUUUUCCAGGAUGGUGCGUAUUUCCUGGGGGUGAUAGUUCCAAGGCCCCACUCCUCCCUGCAAAGGCAAUAAAAUUAUACAGUAAUGCUCAAAUACACAGAGCAGAAGUCCUUCAGAGCACAGCAGUUAAAUCAGAGCUGUGGGUAGGUGUGCUUGGGUUUCUUUUGCUUGGCAGCUGUCGCAUGGGAGAUGGUGUGUGCACAGGUCACACCCCGCUGUGUAGCUGGGGCAGGGCCAAUGCUGGGAUCCUGGAGCUGGGGAGUGUUCCUGGAUCUCACAGCUUAGAUGUAGCUAGGUUUUCUAAUGAGCCAUGGGAUAAAUAUUUGAGCAGGACUGAGGUGUACGUCAAAUAUGUACGCUGUAAAGGCCCAGACUGGUUUUACUGCAAGUCCUUUUCUUUUUUUCCACGGUUACAGUGAAUUGUGAAAUUAGCAACUAUGAAAUAGAAUGAAAUACUCGCAUAAAAUGUAAAACAUUCUUAUUUUAAAAGUUGAGAAUCUCCAUGUAUUGUGCCCAUUAUUGUUGAUGGGUUUUACCUUGUAGAUAACCUUCCCCUCUUGAAGUAGAUACAGUCUUUCUGGCAGUGCAGCAUAUUUCGAACUGCUGAGGUUUUCCAUAGUGUCUAAAACCACUGGACAUAAAGGAUUAUUUUUCUGAAGAAAUUGUGCUGCAAUUUUUCGAUCUUCAAGGCUUCUGUGAUUUUUAAUAACGAUAUUGUUUUUAAAAGCCCAUCCAUCUGAAACAAAUGAGAAAGGUAUUUAGCAAGGGACAUUUUGAGUAGACAGUUGGGGUGGAGAUGUACUGUGUGGCAUGUACCAAAACUGUGUUAAAAGAAUAUUGCAAUUUACUCCUAAAAUUAAUGAAAUUAAGGUCCCCUUUAGAGUAGGAGAACACUACAGCUUUGCAAAUAAGUAAUCACAUGGGUUUUUUUGUUUGUUUGUUUGUUUGUUUUCCCACUUUAAUUUGAACAAACUGCAUUUCUUCCUUGCCCUGGAUUCAGAAAUACUUGAUGUAUUUUAGCUGAAAUUUUCCCACAUAAAUCAAGCCUGGAAGGAUACCAGGUGUGGGAGAUGCAUCCCAUUCAGAUAAAGUUUGCCAAAAUUAUUGGUGCAGAGAAGGAGAUUUUUAAAUUACAAGCUGAUUAUCAGCUGUUAGCUGAUACCUGUUCAUUUAGCAGUCUCAGCAGUAGUGCUGUUCAUUCAGCUUGAUUCUACUCGUUAAGCUUAUAAAAUUAAUUUUAGAUCUGAUAACUGAAAUAUACGAGAGAGGAGGCCCCUCCUUGUUUUUUAGAAAUAUGCAAAUAAACAUUUGCAUAUAACUUCCUUGGAAAGGGGAAACAAGUAAAAGAUUUUGGUGGCUUGGCUGUCUGUUUCUCAAGAACUGUACAUGAUGUAAUGUUAGAAAACUUGAAAACUGUAAACGUUGCAUUUUAGAAAACCACCUUAACCCGGGGAUAAAAAUCUCUGCCAACAUGUUACUUAGUCCAGUGUAGAUAAAAGAGUGUGUGCAGUUUGUUUGCUAUUUUUUAAUUAAAAUCUGUAUCCUGUUCUU